AUGACAGAAGAUUUCAUUCCAUCACCAUCUAUUGAUAGCCAUUCAAUGCCAAUGGAAGUACAAAUACCAUUAUUAGAAUCAUCUUCAAAUGUAAAAGAUUCAAAUAAUACUAAUACUCGUAAAUCUUCUACUAAGAAAACAAGUUUUUCAUCUAAUGAUGAAAAGAUAUCUGAUCCACUUAUUAUUCUCUCUUCACAGAAUGAAUCGAAGAUAUCAAAUAUGUCUAAUAAAUUAUUUGCUGUAUCUCAAUUAGAAACAUUAGCAUUCUAUCAAGCAUUAUUUAGUGAAUUUAUUGGAACAAUGUUACUUGUAUUAAUAUGUUCAUCAAUUGGUUUAUCAAUUACAUCUCAAUCUAUACCUGCUAUGCAUGGUGCUAUUACAUCUGGUCUUACUGUUGCUACUAUUAUCGUUGGAUUUGGUCAUACAAGUGGAGCACAUAUUAAUCCAGCUGUUACAAUAACAUUUCUUGUUGCAUGUGAAAUUGAUUUUCUACGAGCAUUAUGUUAUAUUGGUAUGCAACUUCUUGGUGCAAUUUGUGGUUCAAGUCUAGUAAGAUUAAUUAUACCACAACAUGCACAAGGUAAUUUAGGUAUGACAAUAAUUACUGAAGGUAUUUCAAUUUCACAAGCAUGUAUGAUAGAAUUUAUAAUUACUUUUGUAUUAUGUUAUACUGUACAUGCUAUUUGUGAUAAACGACGUGAUGAUAUUGGUGGUUCAAAAGCUUUAGCUGUUGGUUUAGCUGUUAUCAUAGGUUGUUUAUUUGGCGGACCUUAUACAGGUGGUUCAAUGAAUCCAGCUCGAUCAUUUGGACCUGCUACAGUAAUGAAUUCAUGGCAAAAUCAUUGGGUUUAUUGGUUUGGACCAUUAACUGGUUCUAUUGCAUCGGCAGUAGUUUAUACAUAUAUAUUAAAACAUCAUCAACCUCAUGGUCAUGUGCAAUAA